AUGGUUCGGCACAUACGAUGUUCCGCGGUGCUUCUUCUGGUCGUCGCGACGCAAUUUUGCCUAGCCAAGGAGCCCGGAACGUUCGAUAAACUGAAGAGUAACGGUGGCUUAGGCAAAAAGGUCUACAAGUUGGCAUCGCAAAUCUGGGAAGGUAUAAACUACGUCAUUGACAAGACGAGUGAUGUGCCUGAAUCCGAUGGACCAGCUUACAGGCCCCCGGGUAACUCUAUCGAAAGGGAUGUGACCGACAGUUUGAGGUAUCUUUCAACGAGAACUGACGAUUUCAAAAUAGACGUGUUGAACAUGCAGAACGGUAUCAUCGACAAAGUCCUGGAACAAGUGCCUGCCAUCAUUCAACUGAACCAGCGUUUUUCCAAAAUCUUCGUGAAUACGGUCCACGUCAAUGAGAAGUACGAGAAAUUCCUGAAUUAUUACCGACGUCCCGGGAAGUACGACGAGAGUAUCAUCAGAGCAUUCGCGAAUACUGUUUUGAACGGUAACAAUGGGGUGAAAAGCCUCAUCGAAAGAACGCACUCGCUCUUGUUGCUGGGAGAUAUAUCGAGUUUCAGCACUGUUCAGCUGCUGAGUGAUAAUAUGGAGCUGUUUCUGCAAUAUGCCAAGGUUGCAAGAACUCCGCAGCAGUUUUUGUACGAUAUUUUCCAGUCCACUCUGUUUAACGAAGUUAAAGGCUACCUGGUCAUGAGAUACAGUUACAAGAUGCUUAGGACGGCUGAGGACUGGGACUAUGACGACAAGAUUGAGGUGAUGGAAAGAGAGUUUGGUCAAAGGAUCAACAGAACCUUGGACACCUUUAGCGCGGCAAUGAGUGGAGCUUCGCGCGAAUUAAUGAGAUUCAAUCCAUCCGAGCACAAAGAAGACGUCACCUACACAGAGCUCAAGCGAGUAUUCCAAGAGUUCAUCGUCAACGAGUACGAUGUUAAACCCAGCGAUGGUUGCAAGAAAACCUGCAGUAACUACCGCAUUCCAGAUGGCAAGGCCUUGAACGGAUGUUUCUACGCUGAUGAAGUCUGUUCCGUAAAGACUUGCGAUGGGUAUCUGUACGACUGCCGUAAGAAGGUCGAUACGACUAUGAACGUUUGCAUUUCGCCUAUGUUCAGCGAUCGGAACUACGAGUUCGUCGACUUUGCUAACGGGGCUGGUCAUUAUGGUCAUGCAACUGGGAAGUGUUGGGCGGACACAAUCAAAACUGCAGCUAGUCACGUGUCCAUUCCUUGGUCUUGCGAUUCUUGCAUGUGCGUCUGCGCGGACACGAGCAGUCAGUCGCAGAGGUUUUUCAAUCUCAAUCCUAGCAUGGCUACCAUUGCGGAGAAUUACGUUGUUACAGGAGCACGUUUUGUCAAAAAGAACAGGGUGGUCCAUAUCCAGAUCCAAGAGGGACAGUUACUACCAAAUGGAAUGAUCAAUUCGAGCACUACACGAUGGGCACCGAUCAAUGAAAAUCCAACAAAUUACCAUACGCUCGCUUGGGAAAACGGCAGGGAAGUGAAUUUGGAUGAUCUCCAUGCACCGAAGAAGAGUGUCUUGACCGGUCUAGCAUUUAGUACAGAGUCAACGAGUAAUUUUCAGAGGCGAUUGCACCUGAAGAUAUUUUCAGCUCCUGUGUCCUACGAAACGGGUAGGCUAUGGAUCAACGACCAGAAAGAAAAAGUCAAUGAACCAGCUAAGGAUGAAAUAACACUAAAAGACGUUGACAUACCCACGCGCACUUCGGUAGUGACUGCGGAUAGAUCGAAGCCUGACAGUUUCGUGAAAUUCGGUCCGACAGGCUUGGAACAAGACGUUGGACAAAGUACGAUUCCAUUCAUCGAUUUGCAAGAAGUCUCGUCAAGCCCUCAGAUACCGAUGUCAGGUGCUGGCAUUUAUCUGAAAAGAAGAAGUAAUAAUGGAGGCUUCCUGACCUUGAAACUAUUUUCCUACGACCACACGCAACACAUGGAUUCGGAUUCUGAACAUGACAAUUGA